AUGCAACCAAAUGUAUUAAAUUAAAAAUAAGAUAAUAAUAGUAAUAAUAUUAAAUAAGAAGCACUUAAUAAAGCGUUUAUUUAAAAAAGGACUUUAAUGCAAAAAAAUAUUGACUUUCAUAUGAGAAAGUCAGGAGUCAAAGCUUCUUUUGAACGUGGAUAAUAAUCUCAAAUGCUUUUAUUUGAGUCAUUUAAGACGCGUAAUUAAUAUGAAAAUGAAAGUGUAGAUGAUGUAGAAACAUUUACUAUUGAUUAGAAUAGAAACAACAUUUUGGAUUAAGAGAGGGCUUUUUAACCUUCAAAACAAAGGUUAAACUAGCUUCGAUUUCCUUUUUCAUAAUCUUAAAAUUGCUUUGAAGAAGUAAAUAAAUUUACAGCAGAUCAAGAAGUUAAAAACUUGUAAAAUUAAGAAAUACCUGCAGCAUCUUAAGAAAGUAAAAAUAAAUACAAAAAGGAAUCAGAGUCUAAUUCUUCUCUUUAAAGUUCAAGCAAAUAGUCUAAUGAACCAAAGAGUUAAAAUGUCAAUAAAAAUGAAGAUAAAGAAGAUAAUAAAAUAACUGUAAACCCAGAUAGGAGCCCAAUUCCUAAAAGUAUGCUCUAUAGUCGUCGUGGUUCUAGAAGAAUUCCUGGAGCUAUGAACGUUAGUGGAGCCUUCGCGAGAGAAAGCGUUCUUAACACAACAAAUAACCAUGCAAAAGAUUUUACAAAUGAUAAUAAAGGAAAUUAAUUGAUAGGCCAUAAAAGUGGUUUUUUUUUUGCUCUCAAAAUGAAAUAGUAUGCUAGUCAUUUAGUAUCAAAAUUAUAGAGUAGGAGAUACAAUAAUUUAAGAGCUCGACACUUACAGUUCUUUAAUGAUAAAACUAUAGUUCCAAACGAAUAAACAGGAGUAUUUAAAAAUUCAUCAAAUGAUGAUGACUCUGAUGAACAUGAAAUAACAUCUUCCUUAAAUUUAACAAAGAAAAUAUCGUUUUUCCUCAAAAGUGUUUAUGUAAAGCUUUUCUCAGAAUAGAUGAAACAUUAUUUUUAACGUAUACCACUGUUUUUACCAUCACAUACGUUAAAAUUGUUAUGGGAUUCACUCAACAUGUUAAGUAUUUCUUACUAUUUAAUUUUCUUUCCUUUAAGAAUUGCUUUUGGUUUGGGAUAUGAAGAUUCUAUUUCAAGCUAUUUUGCUUUAGGAGUUUUGAUUUUAGAUAUUCUUGUUUAUCUUAAUACAGGUUUUUAUGAUAAAGGUGCUUUAAUUACAGAUAGAAUAUAAAUUUUUAUCCAUUACUUAGAUUCUCGUUUUUUUACUGAUCUUUUAAGUAUGGUACCUUUUGUAGUAUAUAAUAUUUCCUCACCUGAUAGCAACUUUUUAUCAGAUCCGUAUAAAUUUUUAGAAAGUAUUAUUUCUCUACUAUUUUUAGUUAGGGUUAAUCAUCUUGGUUAAAUUAAAAAAAAAAUUGAAGAAAGAUUCUAUCAAAACAAAACUCUAACCCACAUCAUAUCAUUGUUUACAUUACUGGCUACUGCUUUGUAUAUAGCUCAUCUGUUUUCUUGUGUGUGGAUCAUUAUAGCAGAAUUCAGAUUAUCUACAUAAAAUACAUGGAUGCAACUAGCAAAAGUUGAUUAGGAAACUUGGAUAAUCUAAUAUCUUUAUAGCUUAUAUUUUUUAAUUAUUACAAUGACUACUGUAGGAUAUGGUGAUAUUAGACCAUAAAAUGAUAUAGAACAUUUAGUGAUUAUAAUUAUUGUAUUAAUUAGUAGUGGUGUUUUUUCGUUUAGCAUCAAUAGAAUAGGUACUAUUGUGUCACAAAUGUCUUUUGAAAAAGAGAAAUUAAAAGAAACUUUAUAAGUUAUCAAUAACUACAUGAAUAAGAAGAAUAUUAAUAUGAGCUUGCAGUAGUAGAUUAGAGAAUAUCUCGAGUACUAUUUAAAAGAAUCAAUUAUGAAUGAUAAUGAAACUGAAGAUAAAAUCAUCGACAUGCUUAGCGAACCACUUAAAAGAUCCUUAAUGAUUGAAGCAAAUAAAAUUGCUUUGAAGGACUCACCAAUUUUUCGCAACAAUUUUUCUGAAUCAACUAUUUCGAAAACUGUAUCUCUUAUUUAAGAAUUGAGAUGUACACCUGAAGAAAUACUUUUUUAUGAAGGAGAUAUUGAUGAUAGUGCUAUAUUUUUUGUCUAGUAAGGAAAGGUAGAAUUAUUUAUUGAUUCAUAUAAGAGUAAUGGUGAGCCUGUAAUUACUUCUCUUAAAGUAUUUUCUAAAGGUUCGAGUUUUGGAGAAACCAGUUUUUUCACUGGUGCUCCAAGAGGCAUAAGCAUCAGGAGUAUUGAUUUUACUACUUUACUUAUGAUAAAAAGACAGGAAUUUUUAAAUGUACUGAAAGAAAAUGCUGAAGACUAUGAAAAUUUUUGCAAAAUAAGAGAUAAGAUUAUUUUUUACAAGAAUUUUGAUGAUCUUGGAAUAAAAUGCAUUAGUUGUAAUAACAAAAACCACUUUUUAAAUGAUUGCCCUUUUAUUCAUUAUGUAGCAGAUAAAGAAAAGAUUAUAAAAAUACACUAAUUACCAUCAUAGAAUGAAAGGUCAAAAACAAUACCAAAUAAAGAAGAAAUAGAAUUACAUAAACUAACUAAAUAUAACACUUUAGGAAACUUAGAUGAUGUACUAAAUUAUUUAGGGGCUUUCCUUGAAAAUAUGAAAAGCUAUUUAGAGAAAUAAGACUGGUAUGAUGGAAAUUUAGAAGAUGAAGAAGAAUAUGAAAUUUAUAAUUAAUAUGAUGAUGACGAAGAAGAUGAAGAGGAAGAUAAAAAUUAGGAAACGGAUAUACCUGAUAUCAAUCUCAAAUAUUUAUAUCAAUAAAAAGACCCUCAACAAAAUGAAAUUAAUAGGCAUGAAUAAUAUUUAAAUCAAAAUAGUUUAACGCAUCCAUCCGCAAUAAAAGAAAAUUCUUUUGUUCCUAGCUAAAAUCUUGAAAAAAUGUCAUAUAAGAAAGAUGAUAAUCAAUUCUUACAAAAUCCUCCUCAGAAUGUUGGAGAAACGCACUCUUAUAAAGGAUAUCGGUAAUAUAAUAACUUAGAAGUAGAAGGGUAAAGAGAAAGAGCUUCUUCAAAUUUAGGUUUAAACGAAUUAUCUUUAACUCCAUCUGGUUUGGUUCUCAAUCUAAUUAACCCAAAUCCUGGAAAUAUUAGAGAAAGCAGCUAAAAACAAGAAAAUAAAAAAAGAAGCGCAUCAAAUUCAAAUUUGAAUGUUAAUCUAAAUCCUAGCAAUCCAUAAAUUCUCUACAAAAGCACAACGCUUAAUGAUGAUUAUAAUUAGCAAGUUAAUCCCUCAGCUAGUAACAUUAUUCCCACUCCCAUACUAUCAUCGCUUCAGAAUACUAAUUCCAUAAACCCUCUAAAUAGCACUCCUAUAAAAGAAUCAACUAAUAAUUAUUCUAUAAAAUAAUCAUCUUUGGCUCGAGCUAAUUCUCUAGUUCGAAGAAAUACGAAAAGAAAAAACACUGAAAAAACAGCAAGAUCAACUCAUAAAAGGAAAAGCACCAAAAAAACAAUAGAUUCAAAAAUGAAUAUUCAAGCCAGUACGAGUAGCUACCAAAACGAUAGAAAGCCAUAUAAAAAGCUUACUAUUAUAAGAAAAGGAUUUUAAGAAAAUUAAAUAUAAAAUACGUUACUUGCUUUGCAAGGCAUGGAGAAUAUCCUGCUUUAAAAUAAGUCAAAUUCAAAUUCUAAUGAAUUUGAUAUGAUGAAAAAUUUCGAAAUCUAUUUUCCACAUAAUAAUGUUGAUGUUGUUAUCUUCUAAAUAAGAAAAAAAAAUCCUCAUCUUUAUGCUAAAUCUAAAUCGUUUGUUAAAUCUCCAACUAAAAAAUUAUUUGGAGCUAUGACUAUGAAUUCUCAACACAAUCGUAUGAGUAAAAUGGACAUGGUUUUACAAAAAUUCUUAUAAUCUGAACUUGAAGAUGAGAAAGAUAAAGAAUCGCUAGUAUCUGCUUCUCGAUAAAAAAGUUAGACAUUUGUAACACAUAAGACGGAUCAUUUUAAAACUCCAAAAUAAAGUGAUUGGCAAUCAAGAAAUACAAGAAUUAAUGAUAAGAAAGCCUCAUAUAAUAACUCUCAUAAUGAUAUUCUAGAGUUGUAAGGUAGUCCAAUUCCUAAUAAAACGAGAGCUAAAUCUAUGAAAACUAUACAUCAAAAUAGUGCAAAUAACUAAGAUAACUAUUCUCGUGUAUUAAAUAAUUAGAAUGAAGAUGCUAAUUCUUUAUAGCAUACAUUACAUCAUGAUGAUAUAUAUUUAGAACCCUUAGAAAAGUAACAAUAAACUUUCACACAUGUUUAAAUUGGUGGGUAGCAAAGUAGUAUGAUUUCUAGUAAAGUGAAUAGUCAUAAUUAAAUACUAAUUGAAGAGAGUUCUCCUAAAAAAAAUGUUAGCUUUUAGGAGAACAACUUUAGAGGAAGUAAUUUAAAUAUUUGA